AUGGGUCUUGAGGAAUUAAUUUUGAUUACAGCAGUUAGUUUUAAAAUUAACAAUACCUAAUAAUAUAAAAAUGCGCUUUAUAUAUGUAAUUUCAGAAAAUGUCAUAAUAAGUAUGCAUAAUAUUAUAGUUAGGUUAAUAGCAGAUUAUAUUAGAGUAGGAUUACUCAAAAAAAGAUUUUCGGAUUCCUUCUAUUACAUGAACAUUAAAUUGAAAAAAAAUGGAGAUUUUGGACAUCCAUAAUCAAACUGA